AUGAAGCAGAGUGAAGGCACAGAGGUGAUGCGUGAGAUCGCCCAGGCUGUCCGUGAAGGAGCGAUGGCUUAUCUGAGACAGCAGUAUAAAGUAGUAGGGAUUGUUUUUGUUGUGCUAUGCGUUAUCUUCCUCAUCAUGGCUUUCGGGCUGAACGCCCAAAACAAGGUGGUGCCCUUUGCGUUUUUGACAGGCGGAUUUUUCUCAGGGCUUUGUGGUUUCCUUGGCAUGAAGACAGCAACAAACGCAUCGGCUCGCACAACAUGUGCAGCGAUGGAGGGGCUCAACUCAGGCUUGCGAAUCGCUUUCCGCGCCGGUGCAGUGAUGGGGUUGGUGGUUGUCGGCUUCGCACUAUUGGACAUCGCCGGUUGGUUUCUGAUCCUUUACUACCUUUUUCCGAAGAUUUUUCCGGGCUUCUUGGGCACCAAUCCGCUGCCCCAAAUCACUGUAAUCAUGCUGAGUUUCGGUAUGGGUGCCUCGACGCAGGCACUCUUUGCCCGUGUCGGCGGUGGUAUCUACACCAAAGCCGCUGAUGUCGGUGCCGAUCUCGUAGGAAAAGUGGAAGCCGGUAUUCCUGAAGAUGAUCCGCGUAACCCCGCCGUGAUCGCGGAUAACGUCGGCGAUAAUGUAGGGGAUGUUGCCGGUAUGGGUGCCGACUUGUACGAGUCUUAUGCGGGUUCAAUCCUCGCCACCGCUGCACUCGGUGUCGCAGCAGUUGCGGCGAAGGACCACGGUAACAUCGCGCUUCAAUUGAAGUAUCUCUCAGCACCGAUGAUUAUUGCGGGGAUUGGUGUAAUCCUCUCGAUCCUAGGGAUUUACAUGGUUCGCACGAAAGAGGGUGCCACGAUGCGGCAGUUGAUGGGUUCGCUCAACCUAGGCAUCAACGGAAGUGCAAUCGGUAUCGCUAUCUGCUCGAUUCCUGUGUUGUGGAUUCUUGACCUCCCGAACAGGUGGCAGAUUUGGGGUGCCAUUGUGGCGGGUCUAGCUGCCGGUCUGAUUAUCGGCAAGGUCACAGAAAUCUUUACCUCCCACGAUUAUGAACCCACACGCGGCAUCGCCAGGCAAGCUGAGACAGGACCCGCGACGGUUAUCAUUGAAGGCAUUGCUGUGGUCAUGGAAUCCACCGCUAUCCCUGUGCUAACAAUUAUCGUUGCCGUUGCUGUCAGUUUCUAUCUGCCGGGUGGAGCCACAGAUACGUUGAUGGGGCUCUACGGGGUCGGUAUCGCUGCGGUGGGUAUGCUCGCAACGCUUGGUAUCACGCUAGCAACCGACGCGUAUGGACCAAUCGCAGACAACGCAGGUGCUAAUGCCCAAAUGUCUGAACUCGAUCCGAAUGUCCGUCAGCGCACAGACCAAUUGGACGCACUUGGAAAUACGACCGCAGCAACCGGGAAAGGCUUCGCCAUCGGAUCUGCUGCAUUGACCGCUCUCGCCCUCCUCGCUGCCUAUCUUGAGGAGGUUCGAUAUGGGCUUAUCCACAUGGCGGACAAGACUCAACUGGACAUACCCGGCGAAGGUAUGGUCGAUACCGUCAAGGUCAGCAUUACCCAGUUCAUGUCUUACUACAAUGUAACCCUAAUGAACCCGAAAGUGUUGAUCGGCCUAUUUAUUGGCUCGGCUAUGGCAUUUUACUUCUGCGCUUUAACGAUGAAAGCGGUGGGGCGUGCCGCCGGUGCGAUGGUGCAAGAGGUGCGUCGUCAAUUUCGCGAGCGGCCCGGCAUCAUGAAGCGUGAAGAAAAACCGGACUACGCUAGAUGCGUCGCAAUCUCGACCGCGGGAGCGCAAAGAGAGAUGAUUCUUCCAUCGCUGAUUGCUAUCAUCGUCCCGGUGAUCGUUGGCUUGGUCUUCAACGUUGCAGGCGUUCUCGGUUUGCUCGCCGGUGGUUUGGCGACCGGCUUCGUGCUUGCAGUGAUGAUGGCAAACGCCGGCGGUGCGUGGGACAACGCAAAGAAAUACAUUGAGGGUGGAGAAUACGGUGGUAAAGGUUCUGACAACCACAACGCAACCAUCGUCGGUGAUACCGUCGGCGAUCCGUUCAAGGACACAUCAGGUCCAUCGCUCAAUAUCCUCAUCAAACUCAUGUCAAUGGUAUCGGUGGUAUUCGCGGGAUUAAUUGCGAAAUACGGUGACGUGAUCGGUAACUUGUUAGGAAUGGGAUAA